CCCCCCCAAUAUCCUACUGGUGUGCAGGCCAAUUUUUCUCCUUCCUGCCCCUUCAAAGCGCUUUGCCAUACUUCCUGCUUUUCAUUCCGUGUUGUCAGCCUCACCGGAAUAAAAAUGGGGGGGGGGGGGAAAGUCCUGAGCAUCAGCUUCAUCCAUCCAUGCAAAUUUUUUGGUCUAUCGUGAGAGGAAGCGCGCGCGCGCACACACCCACACACACAAGUCUCAAGGUCUUUUUGUGGGAAAUGAACAGGCUUGCUUGAAAGUGGGAAUCGUUCCGUGUGAAUUUAGACCAACGUCCCCUUUGCUCAAACCGGCAAAAUGCCACAAAGCAGUUGGAUUGCGUUGUUGACAAUUUAAUCGCACACACGCGACCAUGCUACACAAAUGUGAUGAAAUAAUAAACACGAAAUAGAAGUUCAAAGACAGAGUAAAACGGCAAAUAGUCGUUGAACGAAUGUUCCAGAAAUGUCCAAAGACGCGGCUGCGAAGUAUGUCCCAAAGCAGCCCCGUUGACGGGCUUUCUCGUCCUUAUGUGGGCCCUCCUUGGAACGUUCCAGAAUUCCGCAUCACAAAAGAUCGGCGUCAUAACAACUUCAAAGCACGAGAGGAAAAUAAAGAAGAAACGCACACGUGACACGAUUUCUGAGCAGGUCCGAGCGUUGGGACUUUGACUGACUCGCCGCACUCCAACCGGAUUGUUUACGACGAGAGGAAUCGGGAAAUGGACCCGCCCGGUGAACGGAGAGUUGUCCGUUUUGCUUUCAAGAGGCGCAUUCCAAGACGUCCCAACUUUAGCCUCUGACCGGUCAAGCGAACCGUUGGGUUUGUUGCAGAAAUAACGGACGUACGUAAGUCGUCUUUCUUCUGAUGAGGAGGACGUGAGGGACGGACGGCCCAGUUCCAGUCUCCAAACGGGUUCUGAACCAGCCUCUCACCAGAUGUGAUGGAGGGGAAGAACGCCAUGCUCCUGGGCAUGAGUCAGUGGAACUCCAACGACCUGGUGGAGCAGAUUGAGACUCUGGGACACAUGGACCCGUCUCACGAGGUCCUCUACCAGCUGGGCGAUCCACGCUGCGCCCCCCGAGGCAGCACGGAAGGACCGGAGGACGGCGAGAACAGGAAAUGCCGGACGCGCGUGCUGCUGCUGGUGGUACACGGGGGCAACAUUUUGGACACGGCGGGGGGCGACCCGAGCGCCAAGGCGGGCGACGUGGCCACGCUGGCCUCGGUGCUGGACAAGGUGACGCGGGCCCACUUCCAGGCUGCCGCCGAGCACGUGACGAUCAAGCUGGUGCCGUGCCCGGCCGUGUGCGCCGAGGCCUUCUCGCUGGUGUCCAACCUGAACCCGUACAGCUACGACGAGAGCUGCGUGUCCAGCAGCGUGGACCACCUGCCGCUGGCCGCCCUGCCGCUGCUCGCCAUCGUGUCGCCGCGCUACCAGGACGCCGUCGCCACCGUCAUCGCCCGCGCCAACAAAGUCUACCGACACUUCCUGCAGUCCGACGACGGCCGGGGCUUCUCGGGACAGGUUUGCCUGAUGGGCGACUGCGUGGGCGGCGUGUUGUGCUUCGAUGCGUUGUGCUUCAGCAACCAGCAAAGAGCUGCCAGCCCAAACAACACCAGCAACAGCACUGAGAGCCUGAAGGAAAACUCGGGCCUGCUCGGAGAGUCCAGUCCCGGUUUGAGCUCCAGCAAAAGGCUCAGUAAGAGCAACAUCGACAUCUCGGCCCCCGCCGAAGGCCGCUCCCAGGGGGCCCCGCCCCUCAGCCGCAAGCAGAGCGACUCGUACGACGGCGACGCGUCGUCCUCUGGCCAGCACGUCUUCUUCUCCAGCCUGAUGAAGGAGAGCUCGGAGGUGCGCAGGAGCAGUAACGGCAGCCCGAGUCUGCUGCUGAAUCCCGGACGCUUCGACUUCGACGUGUCGGACUGCUUCCUGCUGGGCUGCCCCCUGGGUCUGGUUCUCGCCAUGCGUCGGACCGUGCUGCCCGCCGUCCAGGUGCAUCAGCUGCAUCCGGCCUGCUCUCAGAUCUUCAACCUGUUCUUCCCGUCGGACCCUUCGGCCUCCAGGCUGGAGCCCCUGCUGCAGCCCCCCUUCCACAAGCUGCCCCCCUUCGCCGUGCCGCGCUAUCAACGCCACCCGCUGGGCGACGGACGCUCUUUGGUCGUAGGCGAGAGCGUCCAGGGCCAUCCGGACGUGUUUCUGGAGGGCGAUCAGACCCCCGCGGAUCUCCGGUCUUCCUCCCGGGAAAGAGCUCGGCGGGCCAGCGUCACCAGCGUGGAGAGCCAAAUGUCCGUCGGCUCCGUCGGCCAUCAGCUGGGCGACGCCGUCGCAAACGUUUCCGGCGGCUGGUGGGGCUCCAAGAGGCUGGACUAUUCCCUCUACUGCCCUGACGUUCUGACCGCCUUCCCCACGGUGGCGCUGCCGCACCUUUUUCACGCCUCCUACUGGGAGUCCACCGACGUCGCUGCGUUUGUCCUCCGACAGCUCAUGCGCUGCGACUUUGUGAAGACGCAAGAGGCCGACAAUCUGGACUCGGCCCCCUUCUCGCCCUCCAGCCCCCGAGAAAAGUGGCUGAGGCGGAGGACGCACGUCAAGCUGAGGAACGUCACCGCCAACCACCGAGUGAACGACGUCAUCGCCACGGAGGACGGACCCCAGACGCUGGUCGGCCGCUUCAUGUACGGCCCCUUGGACAUGGUGACGCUAACGGGAGAGAAGGUGGACGUCCUGCUGAUGACGCAGCCCCAGUCGGGACGUUGGGUCCACUUCGACACGGAGGUGACCAACGGCAACGGGCGGGUGACCUACACCGUCCCCGGCGACAAGAAACUGGGCCUCGGAGUCUAUCCUGUCAAGAUGGUGGUCAAGGGCGAUCAAACAUCUGCCGAGGCCUACCUGACGGUGUUGCCCCGCGGCAUGGAGUGCGUGGUCUUCAGCAUCGACGGCUCUUUCGCCGCCAGCGUCUCGAUCAUGGGCAGCGACCCCAAAGUCCGCGCGGGAGCCGUGGACGUCGUCAGGCACUGGCAGGACCUGGGCUACCUGAUCAUCUACAUCACGGGUCGUCCCGACAUGCAGAAGCAGCGCGUGGUGUCCUGGCUGUCGCAGCACAACUUUCCUCACGGCAUGAUCUUCUUCUCCGAGGGUCUGGUUCACGACCCGCUGCGGCAGAAGACCAUCUUCCUCCGGAACCUCGUCCACGAGUGUCACAUCAAGAUCAACUCCGCUUACGGAUCCAUGAAAGACAUCUCGGUUUACAACAUGCUCGGCCUCGGACCGGCGCAGAUCCACAUCGUGGGCCGACCUUCCAAGAAGUACCAGAACCAGUGCCAGUUCUUGAGCGACGGCUACGCGGCGCACCUCUCGGCCCUGCAGUUCGGCCACCGGGCUCGACCCAAGAAGUCGCCCUCGGUCCGCGUGGUCCUCAGGAAAGGCUCCUUCGGGCUCACCGCCAAGCCGGACUUCCUGUGCAAGCGCACCCACCUGCGCAGGACCAUGUCGGUCCAGCAGCCCGACCCGCCCUGCGCGCCCAACCCCAAGCCCGAGCGGGCCCAGAGCCAGCCGGAGUCGGACAAGGACCACGGCGGAGGAGGCGGGCAAGGCGCGUGGGUCCGGGGCGUCAUGCAUCGCGGGGACACCACCCCCUGACGCCGGAGGAGGACGGGCUGAGGUCAGGUCGGAACCCGUCGCACUCUUCAAAUCCUCGUCAUGCGCGUGCGCCGCCGUCACAAUUGAAUGAGAUCCGAAAUUGACUUUCUCGUAUUGGAUUUAUUGUUAUUAUUAUUAUUUUUUUUGGGGGGGGGGAUUGAAUUGAGCUCACGACGGCCGUCUCCCCUGGCAACAUGAAAUGUGGGCUUCGCUCACCAGGAAGCAAAAGAGUCUGGAGAUGAAAACGACGCUCCAAAAGGCAGAAGAAGUGGGGGGGGGGGGGGGGGGGGGGGGCUUAUUUUGCCUUCAAAGAGCCGCUUGAGGAUCAUUUGGCCCGGUUCGAAGAGUUCUGCUCCAGGCCAUUCUCUGCGUUUCUUACCCAAUUGAAACUAAAUAGCGCGAAAUUUACGUGUUGACAGAGCGUGACAACAAGGUUUAAGGGAAAAGGGUUCAAUAAAAAUGUACAGCACAUCGCAUUUAAAUCAAAUAUAGCUUAAUAAAGGGUUUGGAAAGCAACAGAUUAAACGUACAGACGGAACUGAAGUGCGCUUUUUUUUUUUUUUUUUUUUAAGUUUUAGUUUUGUUCGCUCACGGAGAGCGAGCGCUAAACGCGUCACGCUUUUUUUGAGACUCGUUGAAUCGACAGCAAGCGUUCCCGGUCCGAGUUCUGGCGCCAACCGGACCACGAGAACAGAGGCCUAACCCUGAAGCAGAAUUUAGAGGAAAAGCGCGGCCGAGGUUGAACGGACUCGUCGGUUUGUGCGACCGAGCCGACGACGACGACGGACAAAAGUGCCGCAGAUGCUAUUAUUAGCCGCGGCGGCGCCUCCGGAGGCCGCCGGAAUGGAAAUGCGCUCAUGAUUAUGUAAGAGCCGAUCCGCUCGUUUCCAGAUCCGGAGACGACGACUGCGACUGCGACUGCGGGGCCCGCGGGAGCAAAUCGCGCUGACGCCGCCGCGCACAUUAAUCACAACUUUGCCGCCCAUGUGACAGGCUUCAUUAACUCUCGCUCAUAUUUGCAGCUUCCUAACUGCCCCCCCCCCCCACUCCCCCCUUUUUUUUGCCUCAACUUAUUCAACACAUGAGGAUGCAAGCUUGACAAGGAGCCUCAUUUCGACUCAUCUGCCGAACAUUCCGCUUGGCUUUGGCCCAAAUGUUGACCCCCCCCCCCCCCGCCACCCUCGUGGCUCCGCUUCGCAGUUCCGAGAUGCGAGGUUCGAGUCUCACGUCGGGCCUUUCCCGGGCGGGGUUUGUCGAUAUGCGCCUCGCGAUUGGUCGGCUGCCGGUCCGGGGUACGCCCCGCCUUCAAAGUCAGCCCAAAAAAUGGAUGCGUGACAUGAUUUCAUAUGAGGAGGGAGGGGCUUUAUUAUUUAUUUGUUAGUUAAAUCUUAAUUUAUUUCAGAUGUUUUUAAUUUGUAUUUUUUUUCCUUUUAAGAAGUAGUACCUUUUUGAUUUUGAUUUUUCAAUUUGGUAUUUUUGAGCUCGCAGUGCGAAUAAGAGGCAAAUAAAAUGAGUGGAUGGAUAUUUAAGGACGUGAAGAAACGGCUCCAAGCGGGGUGGAACCGUUGGCGGAAGGUGUCUGGUGUCUUAUGUGACAGAAGAGAAGGGCAAAGUUUAUCAAACAGCGGUGACUAAAACGGCCAUGAUGGAUGGAUUAGAGACCAAACAACAGGAAACAGAACUGGAGGUAGCGGAAAUGAAGAUGUCGAGGCUCUCGGUUGGAAAGGAUGAGAAAUGAGCUCCUGAGAGGGAAGGAGAGCCAAAGUUGGAGGUUUUGGAGACGAGGUUCCAUCCAGGGACCAGACUUCCACGCUUUGGACAUGUCCGGAGGGGAGAGAGCGAGAGAGAGCAAAUUGGUCGGAGGAUGGGAAGGAUGGAGCUGCCAAGGAAGAGAGACCAAAGAAAAGCUUGACCGAUGUUGUGAGGGAGGACGCGAGGACGGUGGAAGAUGCGCCAGAUGGGCUUGGGUGGAAAAUGAUGACACGCUGUGGCCACCCCCAACGGGACAAGAAGAAGAAGAAGAUGGAUAUUUAUUUCAAUUCAUAAAUGAAGAGAAUAAAAAUCAGGUGAUGCUCAUCAGCUGAUGAUUGGUAGAAAACGUGAGGCGACGUUAGCAUUGGAAGUGGCCAAAAGAAGCCAGGCGACUUUCGUAUUUCGUAUUUCAAAGAAGAAAAAAAAAGCAACAAGCAAACGUCUUUGUGGGGUUUUUUUUGCUUUUUGCUUUUGUUGCGCGUUUAGCACGCAGGCCACAAACGACGUCUUUAUUCGCCGCCCACGACGGGACUUUUGUGGAGCAGCAAUCGUUCCCCCGUGCAAAAAGGGACCACAAAAAAUCCCAACUGGAUUUGUCGAAAAGUGACUUUGAUUGUCGUGUGAACGCUGAAAGACGAGCCCGAAAAAUGGUUUUCGUCGUUCUUGUCCAAAGUGAAUUCCGAUUGUCUAACAGUGAAUUACGAGACAACAACAAAUUGCAAUUUCAUUUUGCACACGAUAGUUUUGAGAUUGGUUGACGACCAGUUCGGGGUGUAGCCUGCCUUUUUUUUUGGGGGGGGGGGGUGACAUUCAGUAUUUACAUGCAAUUUCUGCUGCUCCCCCCCCCCACCCCCCGGCAAUCCUCCCCAGUUCUUGCCGUAGAUUAGUAGCUAUUGGCACACGUGUGAGGAGUCGGUGGACGCGCUCGGGGUCCGAUGGAGGCUGCCCGUGUGCACGUGCGACCGCUCUGUGCAAACUUCUAUUUUUAUGAGCAAAUUUUGUAAAUAAAUGGAAAAAUAUUUUCAUCGUCUUUGGGGACCUCGAUUUACGUCUCACUCCACGUGUGUGUACUUUGCCUUAAGUUGUACUCAAUGUUCUUUUUUGACCAAAGUAUUUACACUGCUGUGCAAAAUGUAUUUUAUAGUUGCGUGUGCGUGUCUGCGUGUGUUGCUGCUCCUUUUAUAGUUUUGAAGUAGAUUUUUGAGUGAGCAGCUUGUGAGGUGUUAUGUGAAUUCAAAUUUAAAAAAAAACCAACAAAAAACAAAGGGCAAAGAAGAUAUCAUCUUUCCCCUGGUGUAGAUGCUGCUGUUAGCUUUAGUGAUUCGCUCUUGAAUUUGUGUACGAACGCGACUCCCGGCGGUCUCAUUGCAUCAAUUAGUGUUGCGUGUACAAUAAUGCAUAAAUGCUUGUAAUUGAAUGUACACAAUGUUUCAAAAAAAAAAAAAACAAAAGUGGCAAAAUGUAACAACAGUCACAACAUUAAAUGGUGCGUUUCAUUUGGGGGGGGGGGGGGAUUUUGUGGUGGAAAAAUUCCCAAAUUUUCAGUUUGAGCGCUUUCAUUCUUGCUAAAAGAGAAAAAAAUAUACAAAAUGUAUUUCGACAGGCUGAGUCUGAAGACCUUGUUAUGGUUGCUGGACGCUUCAUUAGGUACACCUGCACAAUCUGAUGAGGUCAACACAAAAAUGCUUUUUGUAACUGUAAAUAAAUGCAAUUUUUUUCAAAUCAUUCAUUCAUGACAUUGUGCAAGUGUAACUUUUAUUGUAAAUGUACACUGUGCUGUAUUUACAAAUGUUAUUGAUGCUAUAUUACUUUUCCCCCCUUCAUAUUGACACUUUUUUUUUGGGGCACAGUAACUGAUUGUUUUGUACAGAGAAAUUGCCGUGAUGGUGAACAUAUUGCGUGUUUGUUUAUGGUUAUUGCAGAAAUGAAUUGCGAAUAAAGCUAUUGAAGGGUUUUGA